GCCACUGCGUCGCCUGGGCCUAUGCCGCCUUGCGAUGCGUCGUCGGUAGGAGGGCGGCGCGUGAGCACCAUUACAUUGCGCAAGAUGCUGAGAUCGCUGGUGUUGAUGGCAGCGGUGGCGUACGCAGCGGCGCGGCCGGAGCCGCCCAGCUCUUACAGCGCCCCGUCGUCAUCCUAUAGCGCGCCUUCAUCAUCUUACAGCGCUCCCUCGUCUUCGUACGGUGCGCCGGCGCCCCAGUACGGACCUCCUCAGCAAGCGCCCAUAGUACACAAGCACGUCUAUGUCCACGUGCCUCCUCCAGAUAAUGAAUACCCUGCGCCUCGAAAGCAGAUUUACGUGCCUCCUCCGCAGAAACAUUACAAGAUUGUGUUCAUCAAGGCGCCAACGCCGCCAACCCCAACCGCACCGAUCAUCCCGGUGCAGCCACAGAAUGAAGAAAAGACCCUCGUCUACGUGUUGGUGAAGAAACCAGAGGAGCAGCCCGAAAUUGUGAUCCCCACGCCGGCGCCCACGCAACCCGCCAAGCCUGAAGUCUACUUCAUCAGAUACAAGACCCAGAAACAAGAAGGCUAUCCUGCCGCUCAGUCGCCGUCGUCAGAGUACGGCGCUCCCGCCUCCGCUCCGUCUUCCGAAUACGGAGCUCCUUCUGGUUCCGGAGGUGGUUCUUACUAAAUAUUUGACCAAAUGACUCUGCCUGCGUGACCGUUCCCUCUUUACAUAUUUAGGGAUACAAGACGUAACUCCUAUUGGGAGUUUACAGAACGAUUUGACGACCUACGUUUGCUUUAAGGUCUUCUGUUUCGUACCCAGUUAACGGUUGCUGAAUAAUAGUUGUAGAACAGAAGUACCCAUUCUUCGGAUCAAAAGUAGUAACGUCUUGUAUGAUGAGUAUGGUUAGAAAAAGGCGGCCAGCAACUGACGAUUCUGAACCCGUCACCAGUGACAGAAUCGUUGAAAUA